GAGCUGCAUGGGUAAGUCAGGGGCUGGUGUUUUUUGCCUGGUGGUAAUUAUGUGGUGGUCGUGUGUUGUGUUUUGAACUGAGGGGGAGGAGACAGAGAGAGACACAUCAGCAUCUCAAUGAAGCGUGCAAGCCGUCUGAAAGCACUGCGAGUCUGGGCACACAGGAUGAUGGCGGACGUCAAUGGCAACAGUAAGAUAAUGAACGCAGAACUGGAGGUGAAAAAGCUUCAGGAGCUCGUGAGAAAACUGGAGAGGCAAAACGAGCAGCUCAGGACGAGAGCAAACGCAGCGAACAACUGCACCUCCAGCGCCCGUCAUGGCCCAGACACCGGGAAUUACUGCCUUUCAUCCUCCUAUUCUCCAGCGUUUGGACUGUCGGAUGAGCACUAUCCGUAUUUUCAUCCGCAGUCAGUGACUGGUGCUGAUGAGGAUGAUGCUACUGUGCUGGAUGAGGUGGAAAUACUAGACCUUCAUGUUGUUCUUCCCAUCGAUGGAGAGUCUGAUUACAGCUGGUUGUACGUGUCUCCAAAAGCAAAGCUGUUUCCUCAUCUUCUCCUCAGUCCUCUUCAGUGGUGCAGACACGUGCUGGACAACCCCAGACCAGAGGUGGAGUUAGCCAAACGCUCAUUGUGCUACAAACUGGACCAAGCCAGAAGAUGGAGAGGCGUCCUCUCUUCAAGUGUUCUGUACAGUCCUGUAGAUGAACUCUCUUCUUUAAGCAGCUGUCCUAAACCCUAUACUAAACCUGCACUAACUGAGCAAACAGAUCCACCUUCACCAAACCAUCAGAAGUCUCUCACAGGGAGAAACUGCUCAAGCCUAACCGAAAGAUCUCCCACAUUCCUCUAUCACACGGCUACACAAAGUAACAGUCAUCGUCAAAGACCUCUCAGUCCUCAGUCGUCCAUAGACAGUGACCUAAGUGUCUCUGAACUGGAGGACGACUCCAUCUCUAUGAGCUAUAAGCUUCAGGACAUGACUGAUGUGGAGGUCAUGGCCCGACUGCAGGAGGAGAGUCUACGGCAGGAGUACGCGAGCACCGCUGCCACAGCCACGCGCCGCAGUGCUAGUUUUUCGGUGCACACAGGCGCACGCAGGAGCAUGAGGAGUGAGGCUGAGCUGGAGGAAGAGGAGGAGUACGAUCAGCUGCCCGCUCCGCAGCCGCAGCUCUUCCGGACGUCCUCCAUGCAGCGCAGCACGUCCCACUCGCAGAGCCUCUCCAGCAUGAGAGAGUGCCGGCGCAGCCCCUCCACGCCUCAGUACCUCAGCAGCCUGUCCUUCCAGCAGCUGCACAUGCCCAACCACAGCUCCAGCACAGCUACAGAGACCCAGAGCUACAGAGCCAACACAGACAGGCUACGGAGGAGCAUGCCAAACCUAAUUCGAGCUCCCAGCAUUCCCAGUGUCAUCAGUGUGCCUAAUGUUCCUGCUCCGACCGCUCACGUUGCCACAUCGUCCUCAUCUUUGUCAUUACUCCGAAACAGUCAGAGUUUUGAUUCCCACAGUGGUCUGGCCAAGAUACAGUCUGCAAUUCCCUCUCCGGGCCAGUUACAGCAGCGAGUUCAGAGCGUGGGCAACUUCUCAACACGGCCCCCUCUGAAAGCCACAGCCUACGUGAGCCCUACCAUCCAGAGUGCCACCACAAUGCCUUCCUCUGUUAGUCUCAGCUCUAUCCCCAGCAGCAGCAGCAUCCCUCUCUCCAGCAAACCCAGCGCCCCCUCCUCCAGUCGCAGCGCUCUACCUCGGCCUGCUUCUUUUGUUGGGACAAGUGGGGCCUCACGCAGUAAAAUUGCCCAGCCCAUGCGCAGUUUACUGACCCCACCGAAGAGUGUCUCUGCUCUGAGCGCCCUGCGUGACGGCAGCUGGAGGGACGGCUGCUAUUAAACUGCUCAGACCUUAAAUGUCUCAGGCCCAGCUGGCUGGGAACAACUGGGCACAACUAGACCUGAAGUGGAAAUAAGAUAACAUCAAGGGAUUCGAAGUUGAAAAGCACUGUUAACAAAUGCAAUACAGCACCACUGCAAUAUGCCUGAUGGCUGAAACCCAGAGCAUUAUGCAUACAAGUGUUUACGUGCAACUAAUUUGCCUAAUUGCAGCACAAUUUUUGAACCAUUGAAACCAAUUGUCAAAUGAUAUUAAUAAUUAGAUAUGAACAUA